AUGGUGGACGACCCCACACCAUGUUCUCGCGAGGCGGACGUCGGCAAUCAUUGUGAUGACGGACAGAUAUGCAAGGACUACUGGGUCGGCAUCAAUUUCGGAAUAACCAAUUUCGACAAUAUCGGUUACGCUAUGCUGACGGUAUUUCAAUGCAUCACAUUAGAGGGAUGGACUGAUAUUAUGUAUGCGAUAGCAGAUGUGAAAGGCAACACCUGGGUGUGGAUCUAUUUCGUAACUCUGGUUAUUUUCGGCAACUUCUUCGUCAUGAAUCUGAUUCUUGGUGUCUUGUCUGGAGAGUUCUCUAAAGAGAGAGAAAAGGCAAAGAACAGAGGAGAUUUUCAAAAAUCAAGAGAGAGGCAGCAGAUUGAAGAAGACUUAAAGGGCUACUUAAAUUGGAUUACUGUAGCCGAAGAAUUGGAUCUAGAGAAUGAUCAAGGACAGAAAGAACAAGAACAAGAUAGUCAAGGAAACAAGAAAGAAAGGCAAAACAAUGAGGACUCCCAAACAAAUAUAAACGGUAACGGAGAAUCGCAGAAAACUACAACAUGUAAGCUUUAUUGCAAACGGUUUGACAAGGUAAACCGUCGCAUGCGCAGAGCGUGUCGUAAGGCAGUGAAGUCACAGACGUUCUAUUGGGCGAUUAUUGUAUUAGUGUUUUUGAACACACUCGUGCUAGCUACAGAACAUUACAACCAAGAUAAAUGGUUGGAUAAUUUUCAAAAUUACGCCAAUUAUCUAUUCGUUGUGCUGUUUACUAUGGAGAUGCUUGUCAAGAUGUACGCUUUAGGAUUUCAGGGAUAUUUCGUCUCUUUGUUCAACCGUUUUGAUUGCUUCGUCAUGGUGUGUUCUAUACUCGAGCUGGCUUUUACAAUAUCUGAAACGAUCCCCCAGCUUGGUAUAUCUGUGCUGCGUUGUGUGAGGCUUUUGAGGGUCUUUAAGGUCACCAAGUAUUGGCGUUCCCUCUCCAAUCUGGUUGCAUCCCUUCUCAAUUCUAUCCAAUCAAUUUUCUCCCUUCUUUUAUUGCUUUUCUUGUUUAUCAUGAUUUUUGCGCUACUUGGAAUGCAAGUAUUUGGUGGAAGAUUUGACUACGACCCAGAGGAACAGAAAGAGAGGCAUAACUUCGACUCUUUCUGGCAGGCUGUACUGACUAUGUUUCAGAUUCUUACUGGUGAAGAUUGGAACGUAGUAAUGUAUCAUGGAAUUAAUGCUUAUGGUGGCGUUGGUACGCCAGGAAUGCUUGCAUCUAUUUACUUCAUAGUUAUUUUUAUAUGUGGUAAUUAUAUCCUUUUGAAUGUAUUCUUGGCUAUUGCUGUGGACAACUUAGGCGACGCUGAAGAAAUGGACGAAGCAGAGAUUAUUAAAGAAAAAGAAGAUGGAAAUAAUCCAGAAGCUGGUAAUCCACAAUUGGAUGAAGAAAGAGGAGAAACGGAUGAUGAAUAUGCUAAUGAAGAAGAGGGUUACUCGAGUGAAGGGUCUGAAAAUGAGUACGAAGAGACUGGGUCUGAAGAAGAUUUGGAACAAGAACUCGAAGACCAGAAUGACAAUGCUAAUAAUGUUCUAGUUACUGUUGAAAAGAAACAAAAUGGUGAUGUCAAAAAGCAAGAGUCGCCGCCACCACCAAAACGACAACCAACGAUAUCGGCAAGACCAAGAAGAUUGUCAGAAGUUGAAAUCAAGACACAGGAACGGCCUAUCCCGGAAGCUAGCAGCUUUUUUAUAUUUUCCAAAGACAAUUGGUUUCGCGUGGCUUGCUACAAUAUACAAAACAAUUCAUGGUUCAGAAACUUAAUCCUCGUGUGUAUUUUGGCUUCGUCUCUUAUGUUAGCCAUGGAAGAUCCGGUCGAAGGGAAGGCUACAGAGGCUAAGAGGGAGAUACUUCGUAAAGUUGAUUACUUCUUCACCACGGUCUUCACAAUUGAAUUGUGUUUGAAGCUCAUCACCUAUGGCCUAAUCUUGCAUAAGGACGCGUUUUGUAGAUCUGCUUUUAAUUUAUUAGAUUUGCUAGUUGUUAUUGUGUCGCUAGUCUCCUUAUCUGGAAACAACAACGUUUCCUUUAUCAAAAUUUUGCGAGUGUUCAGAGUGUUGAGGCCUCUUAGAGCCAUCAACAGAGCCAAAGGAUUGAAGCACGUAGUGCAAUGCGUGAUCGUUGCUAUUAAAACAAUUGGCAACAUUUUGUUGGUGACAAAUCUACUGCAAUUCAUGUUCGCUGUAAUGGGAGUGCAAAUGUUCAAGUAUGUGGUUAAGUGUGUGUUCGCUUCAAUAAAGUCGAUCGGGAACAUCUUGGUGAUCAAUCAUAUGUUGCAAUUUAUGUUCGCUGUCGUUGGUAUUCAGUUGUUUAAGGGUAAAUUUUUCAGCUGCACGGAUAUUACGAAAGUAACAUUUGACGAAUGUCAAGGUACAUUCUUAGUUUACAAAAACGGAAAACCGACUAUUGAAGACCGUAUUUGGCAGAAGAAUAAAUUUAAUUUUGAUAAUGUUUUGAAUGGAAUGCUUACACUGUUCACUGUGUCUACGUUUGAAGGAUGGCCGGGAUUACUUUCAACAUCGAUGGAUUCUAAUCAAGAAAAUCACGGACCUAUAGAAAAUUCUCGACCACUUGUCGCAUUUUUCUACAUAAGUUAUAUUAUUGUUAUUGCAUUUUUUAUGGUAAACAUAUUCGUAGGUUUUGUCAUAGUUACAUUCCAAAAGGAGGGUGAGCAAGAGUUUAAAGAUUGUGAGUUGGAUAAGAAUCAGAGAAACUGUGUUGAAUUUGCGUUAAAAGCGAAGCCAAUAAGAAGAUAUAUCCCAAAACAUCGUAUCCAGUAUAAAACUUGGUGGUUUGUAACGUCACAAAGGUUUGAGUAUGUCAUAUUCUUCUUCAUCGUCCUUAACACCGUUGCUCUUAUGAUGAAGUAUCAUGAUGCUAAACCGUUUUAUAAAAAGACUUUGGAUUACCUUAAUAUGUUGUUAACGACAGUGUUUAUGCUGGAAUUUGUUUUCAAAUUGGCAGCUUUUAGAUUUAAGAAUUAUUUUGGUGAUGCAUGGAAUACAACAGACUUUAUCUUAGUAGUCGGUAGUAUAAUAGACAUAGUUGUGACACAGGUUAACGAAAAUAAGCUGCCUUCUGAGUUUAUCGUUCCCACGGGACCACACAAAGAGGGUUCCACCACUCUUCUCAAAUAUAUUACGUUCUUCCGUCUAUUUCGAGCAAUGCGACUGAUAAAACUUUUAUCGAGAGGAGAACGAAUACGAACUUUAUUAUGGACUUUUAUAAAGUCUUUCCAGGCACUGCCGUACGUCGCGUUAUUAAUUGUGCUUUUGUUUUUCAUCUAUGCUGUUGUUGGGAUGCAGUUGUUUGGUAAAAUAGAUCUAGACGACGAAGUCAUAACUAGGAACAAUAAUUUUCAAACAUUUGGCAGCGCUCUAAUGGUUCUAUUUAGAUCAGCAACAGGUGAAGCGUGGCAGGAUAUAAUGAUGGCGCUAUCACCGAAUGAUGAUGAGCAUCCAGGUGUUCCAGUUGGAUGUUAUAAGCCGGAUAAUACCACUGUUACUGAAACAAGCUGUGGAACUACUUUUGCCUUUCCUUACUUUAUUUCGUUCUCCUUAUUAUGUACUUUCUUGAUUAUAAAUCUAUUCGUUGCCGUUAUCAUGGAUAACUUUGACUAUCUUACGAGAGAUUGGUCUAUUUUAGGACCUCAUCAUCUAGACGAAUUCGUAAGACUUUGGAGCGAGUACGAUCCAGAUGCGAAAGGUCGUAUUAAACAUCUGGAUGUAGUAAACUUGUUGAGAAAAAUUAGUCCUCCAUUAGGCUUUGGUAAACUGUGUCCACAUCGAACAGCCUGCAAACGACUUGUAUCCAUGAAUAUGCCUCUCAACUCGGACGGAACUGUGAAUUUUAAUGCUACUCUCUUUGCUGUUGUCAGAACACAGCUACAAAUUAAAACUUCAGGGGUAAUCGAUCAAUGUAACACAGAGUUACGGGCUAUAAUAAAGAAGGUAUGGAAGCGGACAUCGCCGAAGCUAUUAGACCAAGUAGUUCCACCCCCAGGCGAUCCCAAUGAGAUAACUGUGGGAAAGUUUUAUGCCACUUUCCUAAUCCAAGAUUACUUUAGACGAUUCCGUAAACGUAAAGAGCAAGCCGCUGUCAAGAAUACUCAAGAGACCUUACAAGCUGGAUUAAGGAAGCUGCAUGAAGCCGGUCCUGAAUUAAAAAGAGCUAUAUCUGGAAACUUGGAUGAUAUUGUUGGAGAGGUGGUAGAGCCAAUGCAUAGGAGAAACCAUACUCUGUUUGGACAAGUCUGGACAAGUAUCAAGAAAGGUCGUGGUAGUUUCUAUGGACCCCGGAAAGCGCCCAAAACAAUGGUCAAAUCAAAAUCAGUGAACGGAGAUAAAAAUAUGUCAUUGGGAGUGAUGAUGCAAAGGGAACUCGGAAUGGAUGGAAAGAUACCGGAGGAAGAAAACAAAUAUAAUGAUGACCAAAGCGAUGGCGAAGAAGAGAUUGCAAUGCAGCCACUCCUACAUGGAAAGGACUCCGAGAGGAUUUUCAGAGUUAUCGAAAAAACAUCGAACGAUUUAAUGACGAGUAUGAGAAGCAAUCGUGACAAUACGACGAGGAGAGCGAACAACGUGCCUUAUUGUGUGGAGAAACCUGCGGAGAGUCUCAUUGCUCGGGUGUUGACGGAUCAAGGCUUGGGCAAAUAUUGUGACGCGGACUUCCUUCAGAGUACCUCUCGAGAGAUGCAGGAGGCACUCGAACUCACACAAGAAGAAAUGGACACCGCUGCUAAUCAAAUUAUUUUGCAAGAGCGUUACGCGAUGGAACAAAAUCCUAGCAAUGGAAUGGAAAACUUACUGUCUCGGCAGUACCAUCCCUUCCAUCAACCACCAAUGCAGCAACCCCCCAGAAUGAAAUAG